AAUCGAAGUGUUACACCAGACAGUGAAUAUUAAUUUCAGGGUUAGCCAACACACCAUUUUGAAUCUGUGCUCAAAAGCCAGCUGGUUAGCUUACAUUAGCAUUUUACAGUGUGCUAGUAGUGCUGCUGGAGAGAAGAAAUCAAGCUCCAGCAAUGUCAAUGUGGAAGGGACUGCACAUGACAGCGCGUGCCGCUCAUGGAAUACAUGUUUCCUCGCGAUUUAUCCAUAAACACACGCGACUCUGCACCCGAAACAUCAGCACUAGUAGACCCGUGCAAAAUGAUUUCUUCAAAGAUCUCGAGAACCAGUUCAAAGCGUUCAGGGAGAAAGCGGCAGAUGCCAUGCCUGGCAGUGACUGGACUCCGUUUGAGAAGAACUCCUCACUCCCCCCUGAGAGGGCGGACAUCGUGAUCGUAGGAGGUGGCGUGGUGGGCUGGUCUAUUGCCUAUUGGCUGAAGCAGAAAGAGAUGAUUCGGGACGGGGUGCGGGUGCUGGUGGUUGAGAGGGACCCCACUUACUCCCAGGCCUCCACGGUGCUGUCUGCUGGGGGGAUUCGACAGCAGUUCUCCUUGCCAGAGAACAUCCACCUGUCCAUGGCCUCGGCUGACUUCAUGAGGAACAUCAAUGAACACUUGAGUGUGCUGAAUGACGACCCCGUGGACCUGCAGUUUAACCACUCCGGAUAUCUUUUUCUGGCCAGUGAAAAAGUGGCUCAUAUCAUGGAAGAAAACUACAGCACCCAAAGGUAUGCUGGAGCAAAAGUCUCUCUUCUGUCACCUACACAACUAAAGGAGAAAUGUCCAUGGAUCAACACUGAUGGAGUAGUGCUGGCUUCAUAUGGGCUGGAGAACGAGGGCUGGUUCGACCCCUGGAUGCUGUUGAACGCUUUCAGACGGAAGGCCAUCUCCAUGGGGGUCUACCAGUGCUUUGGAGAAGUCACAGGUUUUAGUUACACCACAAACACAAUGACUACUGCAGAAGGAGACCAGGUGGAUUUUAGGAUAAUCAAAUAUGCUAAUGUCCAGAUGCCCAACAGUCUGGAGUACCAGCCUGUGGAGUGUGCCAUCGUGGUGAACGCUGCAGGGGCCCUCUCCGGUAAGGUGGCAGAGAUGAUGGGCAUCGGGCUCGGCCCGAAAGACACCAUCGCUGGAAUCCCACUACCCGUGGAGCCCAGGAAAAGGUUCAUCUAUGUGGUCCACUGUCCAAACGGGCCAGGGCUGGACACUCCCUUCCUCGUAGACUACUCUGGAGUGUACUUCAGACGAGAGGGGCUGGGAGGAAACUACAUUGCUGGGAUGUCACCAGAAGAGGAAGAGGAGCCAGAGACCAAUAACCUGGAGGUGGACCACCAGUUCUUCCAGAACAUCUGGCCUCAUUUGGCCCACCGGGUACCUGCCUUUGAGUGCCUCAAGGUGAAGAGCGCAUGGGCCGGCUUCUACGACUACAACACCUUUGACCAGAACGGCAUCGUGGGCAUGCACCCGCUGGUCAACAACAUGUUCUUUGCCACAGGCUUCAGUGGGCACGGGCUGCAGCACUCGCCGGCAGUAGGUCGCGCCAUGGCCGAACUCAUCCUGGACGGGGGCUUCAAGACCCUGGACCUGAGCGCCUUCAGCUUCAAACGCAUCAUGACCAAGGAACCCAUAUUAGAGAGGAACAUUGUCUGAGAGGGAGAGUCUGACAUUUUUACGAAGGGAGGAAAGAGGAAUGCCUUGUCGCGUUCUACAGUCUUGUGGGAAAUAUGGUCUCGAAAUAAGAGUUUGCCAAAGUUUCUGGUAAGAUGAAUGGUGUCCUAUUAAUUUCUUCACUAAAGUGCAUGAGGGAGUAACUGCACAUUUCACAAGCUCAAUUCUGUGGUCUACCGGUGAGACCACAUGGCAGCGGCCUCAGCCAAAGUGCUUUGCACUUAAACACAGUCACCCAUUGCUUGGGAGUGCUCAGAACACCGACCGCAAGACUGAAUGGGAAAAAAUGGGAUGCGUCAGAAAUGCAUCUCAGGAACGAGUGAGGGACUUUGUGGGAUGAGGAAGAGAAGAGGGUAGAAGAAAGAGCCUUGACAGCAAACAUGGACUUCUGAAGUAAGCAUGGAAUUUAGGAUGCCCAAUAUCUAACCUACUGUACAAAGAAUAAGGUAUUUACAUUACAUUUACAUUUAAGUCAUUUAGCAGACGCUCUUAUCCAGAGCGACUUACAAAUUGGUGCAUACACCUUAUGACAACCAGUGGGUACUGACAUACAAUGCGUUAGCACAAUUAGAAAGGCUUUUAGUUGGAUAUUGGAGUAAUUUCCAUUCCUCCGAUGGUAAACCUGUAUUGAAUGGCUUGACUAUGCAUCUUUAUUUUAUUUAACCAUUUAACCUAGACAUGUCACUUUACUCUUGAUCACGUAAGCAUUCAACUGUAUUUGUAUAAGAAAAAGUGAAGUUGGAAGUUUACAUACACCUUAGCCAAAUACAUUUAAACUCAGUUUCACAAUUCCUGACAUUUAAUCCUCACUUUAUUCACCACUUUAUUUUAAGAAUGUGAACUGUCAGAAUAAUAGGAGAGUGACUUACUUCAGCUUUUAUUUCUUUCAUCACAUUCCCAGUGGGUCAGAAGUUUACUAAAUUAGUAUUUGGUAGCGUUGCCUUUUAAAUUUGGGUCAAACAUUUUGGAUAGCCUUCCACAAUAAGUUGGGUAAAUUUUGUCCCAUUCCUCCUGACAGAGGACAUGCUUUUUCAGUUCUGCCCACAAAUUUUCUAUAGGAUUGAGGUCAGGGCUUUGUGAUGGCCACUCCAAUACCUUGACUUUGUUGUCCUUAAGCCAUUUUGCCACAACUUUGGAAGUAUGCUUGGGGUCAUUGUCCAUUUGGAAGACCCAUUUGCCACCAAGCUUUAACUUCCUGACUGAUGUCUUGAGAUGUUGUUUCAAUAUAUCCACAUAUUUUUCCUUUCCUCAUGAUGCCAUCUAUUUUCUGAAGUGCACCAGUCUCUCAUGCAGCAAAGCAGUCCCACAACAUGAUGCUGCCACCCCCGUGCUUCAUGGUUGGGAUGGUGUUCUUCGGCUUGCAAGCCUCCCCUCCCCUUUUUCCUCCAAACAUAACGAUGGUUAUUAUGGCUAAACAGUUAUAUUUUUCUUUCAUCAGACCAGAGGACAUUUCUCCCAAAAAUAUGUUCUUUGUCCCCAUGUGCAGUUGCAAACCGUAAUCUGUCUUUUUUAUGCCAGCUUUGGAGCAGUGGCUUCUUCCUUGCUGAGCGGCCAUACAGGUUAUGUCUAUAUAGGACUGGUUUUACUGUGGAUAUAGAUAAUUCUGUACCUGUUUCCUCUAGCAUCUUCACAAGGUCCUUUGCUGUUGUUUUGGGAUUGAUUUGUGCUUUUUCACACCAAACUACAUUCAUCUCUAGGAGACCGAACGCGUCUCCUUCCUGAGCGGUAUGACGGCUGCGUGGUCCCAUGGUGUUUAUACUUGCGUACUAUUGUUUGUACAGAUGAACGUGAUACCUUCAGGCAUUUGGAAAUUGCUCCCAAGGAUGAACCAGAUUUGUGGAGGUCUCCCCAAAAAAUUCUGAGGUCUUUUCUGAUUUUCCCAUGAUAUCAAGCAAAGAGGCACUGAGAUUGACGGUAGGCCUUGAAAUACAUCCAUAGGUACACCUUCAAUUGAUGCAAAUUAUGUAAAUUAGCCUAUCAGAAGCUUCUAAAGCCAUGCCAUAAUUUUCUGGAAUUUUCCAAGCUGUUUAAAGGCACAGGCACCUUAGUGUAUGUAAACUUCUGACCCACUGGAAUUGUAAUACAAUGAAAUAAUUUAAACAAUUAGUCUAAACAAUUGUUAGGAAAAUUACUUGUCAUGCAAAGUAGAUGUCCUAACCGACUUGCCAAAACUAUAGUUUGUUCACAAGAAAUUUGUGGAGCGGUUGAAAAAUCAGUUUUAGAGACUCCAACAUAAGUAUGUAAACUUCCUACUUCAACUGUACAUGUGAUGCAGUAAAGAUGUCAAUCUAUUGACGUCUUUACCGCAUCGCAUGUGUUUGUAUAAAAAAAGUUAACACUUGUGAUCAAUAGUAAAAUGAACUAGUUUAGAAACCCAUGGCUUCAAUUUCAAAAUCUAUGUGCAAUGGCACAUCAAUUUACCUCAUUGCCGCCCACCAAAAUUAGCCUACAUUUAGGCUAUUGUUUGUAUUUCACACUGUUGGGGUAAAAAUGUGUAAUGCUUGUAUAGAUGUCAACCCCAGUUCAUGUUAUCGUCACCAAUCAACUGCAUUACAGUUAAACAACUACCACCCCCGAUUUCUAUAUGCUAGUUAUUCUACCAGCUUAUACGAACGGAAAAUGGCAUUUAACAGAUAGUUUUGUAAACCCGAAACGGACAACUUCUAAAUAUAUUUGGCUGUUUUCACUGCACAAUAUCCAAAUCAGAUUUUAGUAACCACGUUGUGGGCCUGUUUAUAACAUAAUCAUGAUGGAUUUGAGAAAUAUCCACUUUGUUAGAUCAGCUUUUUGAAUGUGCGACAGUGUGCGUCCCAUCAUCCCCCGCGGUCUGCGUCCUAUGUAUGGUUGUUUUCUUCAGUGUGCGUCCCAUCAUCCCCCGCGGUCUGCGUCCUAUGUAUGGUUGUUUUCUUCAGUGUGCGUCCCAUCAUCCCCCGCGGUCUGCGUCCUAUGUAUGGUUGUUUUCUUCAGUGUGCGUCCCAUCAUCCCCCGCGGUCUGCGUCCUAUGUAUGGUUGUUUUCUUCAGUGUGUGAAUCUCCUAUGUGAUUUUACAGGCCAAAUUUCACAUUUACUUCCUUAAUAUAUAAAAUGACUGCCUUGUUUGAAUGUUUAGCCAAAGAGUUUUUAUUUUCAGCACAUACUGGGGAAAAAGCCCACCAAUUCCCAUACAUUGAAAGUCAUAAUGUAAAUGUGACAUGUAAACCGAUAGACAAAAUGUAACAUGACAGCUUCCACUCAAGCUCUAAUUGGAGUAGAUGAACACGUCUCCAAAACAAUAUCAUUUCUUCUUCUUUAUCAGCAUAUCCAAUACAGAUGGCGCUUUGUGUUUUUUACCUUCAAAAGCAAGAGAAAGAGUUAGUCCACUUCUAUAAAUUCAAACCAUAGCAAAUAGGGGUGUGAUGUUUUAAAUGAAUUUGGGAUUGUCAACGUUUUGAUUUUUUUGUGUGCAAAUAAUGCUACAACAAUACUGUACAUAGAUGACAUGCAUCUUUCUAAUUGUUUGCCACUGAUAAAGCGCUCCACACCUCAUUGUCAUUAUUAGUUGGGAAAAUGGCAGUUAGACAUGAAAGCAACAGCAGCUAAGUCCUGUAUGGCAAUACUUUAGUUAAAUGAGAAGGUGAUGAAAUGGUAACUUUGAGGGGGAAUUGAGCUACAGUAGCAGUACUGGUGCAAUGCUGAAAGGGAUGCACCGUGAGACCCAUGCUGUUGCUGGCAGCAGUGGGAUAAGGGACAGAGUGAAAAGAAAUCAAUGAUUGCAACCAUUGUCAAUGGUAGAGGAUGUCUACUUCAAUACCCUAAUGGCAUAUCUAGAACCAGACUACAAGAUGCCAUGUCGAAAAACCACCACGGACCUGAUGGAGAAAUUUACAACGAUUGCUCUCAAACACCAUUGUUGGACGUCUAUGAACACUCUGCAACGAGUCAUCAUAUUGAUGAGAAGUGUGACAUGAAGUCCCAUGUACUGAGAACAUGGAGGAGAGGCACAAAGAGAGCCUAAAACUGCAUUUCUACCAUCAUUACUGAGUGAAUGGGGGACAGCAGUAAGGGGAGUGCCGUUGGGUAGGUAGCCAGGACUGCGUUUAGGUUUUGUAUUUUUUAUUAAACGCUUUAAUGAUAAAUGGCAGUUUAAACGCUAAGAAAAUGUGUACAUUUGUCACAUCCCUAAUUGCAAACAAUGAUAUCCAAUGAAUCAUUCCAUCAAGGAUAUAGCAGUACAUGUUUAUUAGGACAAGGAACAGCUAAUCUGCAGUCCCUGUCCUAAAUACCGACAAUUAGUCCUUUCAUCAACCGUAACGUUAGUUGUCAGUACUAGCGAUUAAGUAGUCAUUUGUAAGGCAUUCAGGGUGAUAUUCUGACUUGGUCCAUGUGCACUACUUGGACUUUCGCAUAUCAUUUAUUGAUAUCAAUGGGAGAUUUGCAUGUAAGUUUGAGCAUGCAGAUCCAAAGUCAGAAUAUGGCGCUCUGUGUUAUCCUAUACUAUGGUUAAGGUUAGGGGAAGCUGAUCCUAUAGCUGUACCUAGGGGAAACAAACCUUUCUCCUUGCUGGGUGACUCAUCACUGGAAUGUGGGGAUCUCUUUGCGUAGGCUGCCUUCAUCCUCUGGAUGUUCUUCUUGCUGAUCACCUCGUGCUCCACUAUGGGCCGCGGGUAGUCCUUGCCUACGAUGCACCCUGCUGCCUCCUGGACGCUGCGGGGAGCCUUCCACGGCUCGUAGAUGUACUGAGCUGGGUACUUCUUCAAGUGGGGCAGGUAUUUCCUAUAACACAGAUGAUUGUGAUUGGUUAGAACGUGAAGGGGGGUGUCCUUCCUACAAUGCAGGUUCAUGAUUGGUUGUGGUUAAUCAUCAAUUAACAUAUCAUAAAAUCGCACUCACAGCAUUCCAAUCAUUUUUUUAAAUGUAUGGUCUGUUUUUACAUAUUUGAGGGUUAAGGUUGGAAUAAAUGGGUAUAACCUGUAAAUUAUUUAUAAUGACUUUUAGGGUGACUAUAAUUCCAUUACACUUUGAUACAUCACAUGCCUUUUUCUUUUUCUGCAUAAGUAAAAACAGGAAAUGUAUCA